AUGGCCAUACAGAGUUUGCUGCAGUACAUGGGCUCUAGCUUGUUGCUCUUUCUGGCAGCAGGUCUGGUUGCUCUCCUUUACUUUGUUACCAGCUUGAAGAAGUCUGUUCGCAGUUUGCCUCCUGGACCACGUCCUCUUCCUCUGAUUGGAAACUUGAAUGUGGUGGACCUGAAGAAGCCGUUCCAGUCGCUGACAGAGCUCUCCAAGAUAUAUGGCAAUGUCUUCACUGUGCAUUUUGGACCCAGGAAAGCUGUGGUACUGGCUGGCUAUGAAACCAUCAAGGAUGCCCUUUUAAAUCACGCUGAAGAAUUUGGAGAGAGGGCAGAAAUACCCAUAUUUAGGAAAAUGACACAAGGAAAUGGCAUAGCAUUCAGCCAUGGAGAGCUAUGGAAAACUAUGAGAAGAUUCACCUUGUCCACACUGCGAGAUUUCGGAAUGGGAAAGAGAACCAUUGAGAUACGAAUCCUGGAGGAAGUAAAUUCCCUUAUCAAAUAUUUUGAAUCCUAUCAUGGGAAACCAUUUGAUACAAAAAUGAUACUCAACAGUGCUGUGUCCAAUGUCAUCUGCUCUAUACUGUUUGGAGAGAGGUUUGAAUAUGAUGAUCCUGUAUUUCUAACUUUGCUGAAGCUGAUGAAUGAAAAUACUAAGCUGUUGGGCUCCCCUAUGGUGCUGUUAUAUAAUUUCUACCCAUCCCUUGGAUUUCUCUCUGGAGCUUCCAGGACUGUGCUGCAAAACGUCAGUGAACUGAAUGCUUUCCUCCAGAAGCAAUUCCAGGCACACAAGGAAGAGUUUAACGAAAAUAACUUAACAGGCUUUGUUGAUACAUUUCUGAUGAAGCAACAACAGGAGUCAAAGAAAGGCCAAACUAUGUUCAGCAAUGGAAACUUGAUGUUUUCAACCCUGGACCUCUUUGCUGCUGGGACUGAGACUACUUCUACAACUGUGCGCUGGGGUCUUCUUCUGAUGAUGAAAUACCCAGAAAUUCAGAGAAAGAUUCAGGAAGAAAUGAACCACGUCAUUGAACCAGGAGAGAUGCCUAAGUUGGAGGACCGGAAAAAAAUGCCAUACACAGAUGCAGUGAUACACGAAAUACAAAGGUUUGCCAAUAUUGUCCCAAUGGGUGUAUCACGAUCAACUCCUACUGAUGUGAAUUUCCGAGGCUAUGUGAUUCCUAAGGGUACAGAGAUUAUUCCACUGCUGACCUCUGCUCUGAAUGAUGAGUUACACUGGAAAACCCCAGAUCAGUUCAACCCUUCCCACUUCCUGGAUGCCAAUGGGAACUUCACUAGGAGAGAAGCAUUUAUUCCAUUCUCUAUAGGACGAAGGGCUUGUGUUGGAGAAGGACUGGCCAAAAUGGAGCUGUUCCUCUUCUUUGCUGGCUUGCUCCGCAAAUUUGUUUUCCAGCCCCCUCCAGGAGUGGAUAAGUCAGACCUGGAUCUCACUGCUGAUGUUGGCUUUACCUUGAACCCCAUGCCUCACCUAGUUUGUGCUGUGCCCUAUGAAUGACAAAACAACAUGGAGUUUGAGUAGUGAGCACUUCAAGCUUGAAAGCAAGUGUAGUUAAGGGGAAAAAAGCUGUUUGUACCUGAGCUUUAGGGAAAGGAAGACACUGGGCACUGCUCUUUUUCUCUCAUUCAUGCCAUUCUUUCCAACAGCUUUUGUGGUGUCUGUGUAAUGAGGAUCCUUCAGACCCCCCUGAGUACUGAUUUCAGAAACUGUCAUUCAUUCCUGGAACAGCAUAUCAGAGAUACAGUUUUCAGGGCUGUCUGAAAGAAUGAAAUAGCUUAAAGACUCCUCUAUAGAUAUAACCCAUCAGAGGCUCUCCCUUAAGAGCCUCCAAGAGAAAUUUCUCAGCCUGAAGUCUAAGCUUCAGGCUGAGAAAAUCAGCAGAGCUGAUUUUCAAUGACCCAACUGGAGAUGACAGACACUAAACGGAUCUAGAAAUCUCCCUAGUACAGUUGUUCAGCUGAGCUUCAGACUGAGUUUCCAUUGUGUGGUACAACUUGCCUUAUCUUUAUUACAGAGUCCCAGACACAAGGGUGUAACAUGGGCUGAUGCCAAGAGCCAGGUACAGGACAGUUAUCAGAAAACAUCUAAGUGGUUUGGGAAGUGGGUUCAUUCCAACUCACACUGGGCACUUUAUGCUGAAGAGCCUGUUUAUGAUGGGGCCAAUCUAGUAGCUUUCAGUGUCUGCUGAUAAAGGCAUUUCUACAACUCACUCAUCUCUCCUGGCUUCAUGCUGGCUCUGGCACUUGUCUGACCCCUUACUGGGCCAUCUUAGACUCCUAAACUGGCAGAAAAUGACUGGCCAAACAAAGUGAAGAGUUUCUGAAUCAACAUGGCUAAAUCUGAACACAAGGCCAAGGCAGUGUGAAGGUGAUGCAGCCUGGGGCUGGGCAGCAGAACUUGCCAUGCUCCUGUCAGAGAACUGGGAGAGUCUCUGCCCUCCUCUCCAUUUGCACCUUAGGAGCUGUAGUUGCUCUCUAGACCCUCUCUACCCUCCACAAAGAGGGAGACAGGAUCCUUCAGUGGGUGAUUCACCUGCCCUAAGGUCUCAAUUCCUCACUCUCUCUACUGACUGCAAGGUGAACCAUCAUUCACAGGCUCCCAGUUCAAACUUCAGUCUCAUGUAUCAGGUGUGUUAGGAUGAAUAAGGACAGUAUUUUCUAUUUAACUGAAAAUACAGAUUCAAAUCUUUAGAAAAUGCUGCUGUCUGUCUUCAGCUCUGGACCAGGUACACAGAGGAUGUGCAUUUGGUGUAGAGCUACAGACAGACAGCAACUUCAAGCUGUCUUCCUCUUUAGACAUUCCUUGUGUCAGGGAUAGGCUGCAAGGUCUUCAGCAGAGUAACAGAUUGGCCUGCACCACUGAGCAAAUGCCACUGCCAUGGGCUCCCAUGGAAAUUACAUGUGCUCAGCACACAGCAGGAGCAGGCCCAUUGCAGUAAGAACUGCAAGUGACGUUUUGGUGCUUGCAGAAUGUGCUUUGGCCACUUUCUUAGGAACUGAAGUUACAAAUUCAGAGCUGGUAAUGUUCAUGUUCUGCCAGCAGAGAUCCUGCAUCACUGUCACAGAUAAUAGGAUUUUGAACGUAGUCGUGAAAACAGAUGUAAAACUAGUAAUAGAGACUGGAAAAAGAAGCAGGAUAGGCUUUGUUACCAAGUCAUUUACCUGUAGCAUUAACUUGUCCUGUGGGGUCUCUGCAGAAAGUUGGCAACACCCCAAAGACUGUAGCUGUCCUAGAGCAACUGUUUGAUUACCACAAUUAAUGAUUCAUGUAACAGCCAUCAGGAGUAGGAAGACCUACCUGUACCCACAAGGCUACACCAGUUGAGGGAAGCACGAUACAUGCAAGAUCUGAAUAGUGGUGCAGAUACAAGAGAGGAGGCCGCUUUGUGUGCUGGGAAACAAGGAGGAAACCACAGGUGGGUUAGGGAGCAAUGAGUCACUGAAGAUGCUUUUGUGCUGGUUGAGGCAAGAAAGACAGGCUGGGAUGAAAAGAAAAAAGGGAGAAACAGAAAGUUACAGAGACUGAGGGGGCAGUUAUGGUUAAUAUAUAACACAAAACUAAAGCUGCUGUCACCUAAGGCUAAUCUAUGCUGCAAAUGGAAGUAACGAAAGGAGGAAGAGAAUAUGAAGGGAUAACAAAGUGGGGCAGUCUUUGGCUAAGACACAGACUCUUCACACUAGCUUUAGCUCAUGUAACUAAAGGCAGCACUCUAAUAGUUACACUGUACCUUGUACUGGUAUUGCAGUGGUAUUGCGCUUCUAUGUGCAUUGUACCUACCACAGUGCUAGCCCCAGCUUCUGGUCACAUCUCAAGGAGUCUGUAACUCUUGCUUAUGUUUGUUUUGCUGUCGCUCUAUUUGCAGUGUAACUACUGUAAGCUUGA